AAAAUACACCAAUUGGGAGUUGGGACGAACGGUCCUGAUUUAAGAGGAGCUCAUUGUUCAUUCAAUCGCCCCUUUUCUCUCACCCCCUCUCGACUGCUUCGCGACAUCAAACCCUAGAUUUUCAACUUUGACAGUCGAUACUGAACGCAUUGCUCCUCGAUCAUGGCGCUCGCUUCUCGCAUCCUCUCCAAAUCCAAACAGCUGUAUACUAUUCAGACUAUUUUACCAAAGGACCAUGUGAUUCCUGUUCGCUACUAUGCCAAAGAAGCUGCUCCCGCUCCCAAGGGUCUUAAGGGAGAUGAGAUGCUUAAGGGAAUUUUUCUAGAGGUUAAGAAGAAGUUUGAGACAGCUCUUGGUAUACUUCGCCAGGAAAAGAUCACCAUAGACCCAGAGGACCCUGCUGCUGUACAACAGUACGCUAAUGUCAUGAAGACUGUAAGAGAAAAGGCAGAUCUCUUUUCGGAGUCUCAGAGGAUUCAAUACACAAUUCAAACCCGAACCCAGGGUAUUCCAGAUGCUCGCACAUAUCUUUUGACUUUGAAGGAGAUACGGCUCAAGAGAGGCCUUUCUGAUGAACUUGGUGCAGAGGCCAUGAUGUUUGAUGCCUUGGAUAAAGUUGAAAAAGAAAUCAAGAAACCUCUUAUGAGAAAUGACAACCAAGGAAUGAGUCGUUUAACAGCCGAGUUUGAUAAGAUCAACAAGAAGCUUGGAAUCAACCCAGACGAUUUGCCCAAAUAUGAAGAGCAGCUGGAACUUAAAAUUGCAAAGGCACAGCUGGAAGAUUUGCAUAAGGAAACUACCGACGCAAUGUCAACUCAAGCAAAGAAGGAGGAAUUCAAGGACGAGCAAAUGGCUGAUCCCAAGUCAUUGGACAUCCGAAACUUCAUCUGAGAGUCUAACUUGGAUUUUUACUAUUUACUGGGAUAAACACUUUUUGGAGAAAGUUGAAGGCUGUACUUGUUAAGCUCAUGGGCAGAAAUUCCCACCUUCUUUUCGCCCGUUUUGUUUUGAAAUAAAUUGGAUUUUGUUCUGCUAGGAAGUGCACCAUUUCAGCGGAAUAGAUAUCAAUUGAAUGUUUUUUUAUUUGUUUAUAUUUCUCGAUAUGCUUGCUUUUGAGCACAUGAAAUGAUAAAAACAGCUCUGAUUAUGAUGACCAA